AGAGAAAACAGAAAAAAGCAAGCAGUCAGAUGGACAGUCCAAUGGACGAACGGAGAGACAUGGUGCUGGUUGUUGGUUUUCGUUGUUUUGGUGGAAGACAACAGAACUAUUUAUAUGGAUUAACUUAAUAUGGAUUUAAACACAUUCAUCCUGGGGAGGCAACAUCAUAUUCGGUUCUGUUUUUUGCUACUGAGUGACAGCUUCAGUUAACAUCUCAGCCUGACUGGAUUGUUUGAACAUGUCUGUGUAUGAGAUUGCAGUUCAGAAACUAGGCUUCCCUACCAUUGAGCUGUUUGUAAAGGCUGGAAGUGAUGGGGAAAGCAUCGGCAACUGUCCCUUCUCUCAGAGGCUCUUUAUGAUUCUGUGGCUUAAAGGAGUCAUCUUCAACGUCACCACUGUCGACCUCAAACGAAAGCCGGCUGACCUGCAGGACCUCGCUCCAGGAACAAACCCGCCUUUCGUGACGUUUAAUGGCGAGGUCAAGAUUGAUGUUAACAUGAUAGAGGAGUUCCUGGAGGAGAACCUUACCCCACCACGCUACCCCAAACUGGCUCCUAGACAUCCAGAGGCAAACACAGCAGGCAUUGAUGUCUUCGCCAAGUUCUCAGCUUACAUCAAAAAUCCACGGAAAGAUGUCAACGAGGGUUUAGAGAAAGCCUUGCUAAAGUCUCUGAAGCGACUCGAUGAAUUCCUGAGGACUCCCCUGUCAGAGGAGAUCGACGCCAACGCCUCGGGAGAUGUGCCCGAGUCCACCAGGAGCUUCCUGGAUGGAAACGAGCUCACUCUGGCUGACUGCAACCUGCUGCCUAAACUACACAUCUUAAAGAUUGUUGCCAAGAAAUACCGCAGCUUUGAGAUCCCAGCUGAUAUGACGGGAGUGUGGAGGUACUUAAACAGCGCCUACAAGAGGGAGGAGUUCAUCAGAACCUGCCCGGCUGAGAAAGAGAUUCAGUUUGCAUACCUGGAUGUCGCAAAACGAAUCAAAUAGGAGGAAGAGUGGGAGACAGAGAGGAGAUAGAGGUAAAUAGAAGAGAUAAAGAAGAGAAGAGGAAUACGUUCGGGAGGGAUUCGUAGGGUGAUCCAAACUGAUAUUUCACAUGCAUCGGCUCCUUUUUAAGUUGAAUGGUUCUGCAUCAGCGCUGAAAUGAAAUCACCUGUUUGUAUGGGCGCAGGUGUGUACAUGAGUGUGUUCUAACAGGCUGAGCUGCAUCCUCAUAACUUUUUAAUUAUAUUUUUACAAAUAACGAUCACGAUUCAUCAGACGUCUUGCAGAUUUUUUGUUUUCCACUUCCAACAGGGCAAUAUUAAUCAGAGCUUUUCAAUGUGUAUGUACACUAAAAUCUGCCACUUAAGCUCAUUUAAAAUCAUGUACACUUCAAUUCUAUCACUAAAGACUGUUUCCAUCACUGUUUGAUCAAAUAUGGCCCUUUGAUUUGUACGCUUUGCAGGAACAAGUUUACUUUUGAACACAAGUGUAUUUAAAGCUUUCUAUUGGUGUUGAUUUUGGCGCCCCCUGUGGACAAAGUGGCACUUGUCCUGACCAUGUCCAAGUAGAGUUUUCUCACCCUGCUUCAUUGUAACAGUCAGAUGUAUCACUCGCUGUCAAUAUCUGCUGUUUCAUAACCUGCUUCACCCUCCUCACAGGAGCUUUAACUUAAAGACAUAAAGGCAGGACUAAAGCCAAGCACUCAGACAAGCAGGCAGGUCGUGAACAAGAGAAACACUGACGUUGAAACAGAACCAGAGAUUUCAGUGAAAUUUGCAGAACUAUGAAAAUAAUUCCCAAUCUGCUAUUUUUUAAGCCUUAAUUGAAGAAGCCCAUUCCUAACUUUUAUAAUUCUUCUGCGUCUCAAAGCGUAAUUAUGGGCACACUGUGUAUAAAAUACAUAACCCUUAUCUUAUCCCUUAUCUUAUCUUUUAUUGAACAUCUGUCUUUAACAUUAUCAAUGAAUCUUUAGCGGAGUCAAAUUGUAAAGUCAAGUCUUUUAUUUGUAUAUUUUGUCAGAGCCGUUAACUCUCUACGCCGAUGACGUUGGACUAUCUUCAUGUUGUGAUUAACUUUGACGUUCUUCUUUUGUAUGUAAUUCUACUAAGUGGCUGAGUGUGGGCGGGUUCUUGGUGCUGGAUGGUUGACUUUUUGAUUGAAACAUUCAUGUAGUUUGUUUUUCCUGUGUUAACCAGGAUGCAAAUGUUUUAAUGAGCAUUUCCUAGUUCCCUUGAAUGCAGCUUUGUUUCAUUAAAUCAACUGUUUCAUAGUUGGAUAGGUGAAGUUUAGAGUGUGCGUUCUUUUGGACUAAACCACCGUUUUGAUAGAUGCCAUUCUGUGUUUGGCAGUCUGCUGUGUUCUGGCCUUACAUCCUCACUGGGGAGAAUCUUUAAUAAACUGAUUUUUAUCAC